UGACAACUCGUUUCCCAUUGGCUGAAAGUAUGCAUGACGAUGACGCAAUCUUCCAACGCUAGAGGAACCGAUACCUCGACAGGAAAACCGAAGAAAGGCGAGUAUUUGGAGCUAAACUUUAAAGAUGGCUGCAAUUCGAAAGAAACUAGUAAUAGUUGGAGAUGGAGCAUGCGGCAAGACGUGUCUUCUUAUUGUGUUUAGCAAGGACCAGUUCCCUGAGGUGUAUGUGCCAACAGUGUUUGAAAACUACGUGGCAGAUAUUGAAGUGGAUGGAAAACAGGUAGAGCUGGCUCUUUGGGACACAGCAGGUCAAGAAGACUAUGAUCGCCUGCGACCUCUCUCUUAUCCAGACACGGAUGUCAUCCUCAUGUGCUUCUCUGUUGAUAGUCCUGAUAGUUUAGAGAACAUCCCUGAGAAGUGGACACCUGAGGUCAAGCACUUUUGUCCCAAUGUUCCCAUUAUUCUGGUGGGAAACAAAAAAGAUCUGCGCAAUGAUGAGCUCACUCGUCGAGAGUUGGCAAAGAUGAAACAGGAACCUGUGAAGUCAGAGGAAGGCAGGGAAAUGGCAAACCGAAUCUGUGCCUUUGGCUACCUGGAGUGCUCAGCGAAGACCAAGGACGGCGUGAGGGAGGUUUUUGAAAUGGCCACCAGGGCAGCACUUCAGGCCAAGAGACGAGGCAAAAAGAGCAUAUGCCUUCUUCUAUAAAAUAUCUAGUCACACAGGAAAGUAUUUGGGGAACCAAACCAGGCCGAGUGAAGCCCAUUGUUUCAAUAUGACUAUUCAAUUACCAAAAGGGGCCAAUUUAUUUAAUUUCGAUGGUCAAUUGCUGAGAAAAAAGGGAGAAUAUACAUUCAAAUCCACUAUUAUAAUUAGUAAAUUUGUUCUACCGGAAUGCGUUACUUUUAAUUCCUUCCCAGAGACUAAGAUGCAGACUAGUCCCACCACCCCCAAAUCCUUUUUUUAAAAAAAAAACACCAUUCUACUUAAACCUACAUUACAUUUAAUCCAAAAAUAAAUGCUUCAAUGUAGUAAAUGGGAUGGGACCCCAGCUUGUAAAUGCAGAGAAUAGAGUUGACAUAGUGACACCGGUGAUGGUGUUAUUGCUAGCGUCUUACAUGUGACAAGUCAUAAUUUAAGCACAUCAUUUAAGAGGUCGGCACGCUUUUUCAUUAUUUUUUCAGCAUGUCCAUUCAUUGGCCUAGCGGCUUCUUAAGCUUGUGAAAAAGAUGGCUAACAAAUGCAUGUUUACUGCUGAUGACUUGUGUUAACUGUGCUAUUAAAUAGCUUAAGCUAGCUUGCGCUUUUUAAGUGCGGGGGGAGCUUGGGAGCAAAAAGAGUUGUAAACCAGGUGCUCGAAAGUAUGUUACAAAGCAAAAUAACUGGACUGAAAAUGUGUGAUUAGAAGCCCUUAGUAAAUUUUGGAUUAAUAACGUCAAGUCAGCUGUUGUCCAGGAGUUACAAAGCAAAAUCACAACCACAAAUACGCAAUCAUUGAAUAGUAACCACCAACUGUAUGUCAAGCAGGUAUGACAUCAGAUAAUAUUGAUCAUUUAAAUCCUAUCUGUACUUUGUAUGAAAUCAUUCGCAGCAUCAGCAGAUACUAGUGUUGUGCUCAAGACCAGACUAUGAUCAGGACUUUUCUGAGACCAAGACUUUGGACUGGGGUGAGCUAAAUAUCACUUUUAAAAACGAAGACGAGGUUGAAAUAAUUGUGUUCUCUCUUUGGUUUUAAUUUUCCCUAACUGUAUAUGACAGCCAACAGUGUCUUCAACUAUUACACCACAAAAGCAAAAAAACCUUUUCUUUUUGAAAGAGGGACAAACCAACUUACUGGACCAUUUGUCUUAGUCGACAGUACAAUAUGUUUAGAUUUAUUAGGGUGAAAAAGUAUGAUAGUUAGACUUUAAGCUGAAUUCUUAGGGGAAUAAGUAAAUUACAAAAUUAAAGAUUUAAAGAAUAGAAUUGAAAUUACAAUAAUCCUGUCAAUUUUCUGUGAAUUUUUUUUCUUUUUUUCUUAAUGUGUUAAAUUGAGGGCUGCAUUUUAAGGCUCUUGUUUUUAUAUUUACCUCAACUUUCACUUCUGCUUGUGUGCCUCUGUCACAAUACUGCAAAGAUAAUUGCAAUCAUUACUGGGAAGUUGGGGCUGAAAUUGAAGGUUUUUGUAGUAUUACCAAGUGCUUUUUAUUGAUUAUGACGUUAAAAACCCAGAGUCCGGCCAGUCCGGGACAAGACCAAGACUUUUGGGAGUCGAAAUCGAGACGAGACCAGGACCUUCAAAUGCGGUCUCGAGUGUUACAACACUAGCAGAUACCAUUGUAUUUGUUCAAGUGCCUUGACAGGUUUGGGUCAUCUUUUGUCAUAAAUUGAUUUUGGACUCAUAUUUUUAUUGAAAUCCUGGCUUUUUUAAAACUAGGAUGUGUAACUAAUAUAUCUUCACCCACUGCGGUUGUUCAAUAUUUAAACAGUUGAAAUGAAAAUAUUGUUUCUUGAAAUUGUUUAUCCAACACAAGUGUGAACAGCCUUUUUCUUCAAGUGCUUCAAAUACAGUUAUCAAACUGAACACUCCAUCCUGUGCUUUUGUCUGCCUUAAAUGCAGUCACUAAUGUGGCAAAAUUUGAGUAGAAUUAAAUGCACAUGUUUAUGUCUUUGUCGCCUUAUUUUCUAACAAUUCUGAAUUUUUAUGUAUUCAGUUGUGAUAAAUUUUCCUCUUUUUAGCAGAA